AUGGCUCUGUGUUUGCUUCUGUGUGCAAUGAUAUUGGAGUGGUCAGGGCCAUUGCAAGUUGUGUCAGCUGGAAACACUCCGUUGAAGUGUGGCCUGGGCUUUAAGCCAUGCAGUGAUGGCCUAGAGUGUGUACGCUACAGUCAUGUGUGUGAUGGUGAGCUCGACUGCAAGGAUGGCUCGGAUGAAGAGGACUGUGCAGAACAAUGCAGUGAAGGCCAGUUCCAGUGUGCCCAUGGGAAAAAGUGUAUAGACCAAGAGCAGGUGUGUGACGGUGUGCCCCAAUGUCAGGACCGUUCUGAUGAACUGGACUGUAGGAAGCAAAUGGAGGGCUGUGAUCACCUGUGUGAUGACAAGAGCCGCUGUUUGCCUGAAAGCUUUUUCUGCGACGGAGAGAGGGACUGUUUAGAUGGCACAGAUGAGGUUGACUGCGAAGAUGAAACCACAGAUGAAAUUCCAGGGUCCAGUGCCAGCUUGAAGCCUGCCAACAAGGAUGGCUAUACGUCUAGUCCCUCCACUUUGAGUUCAGGCCCCAUCAAGUGUCCCUUGGGCUCAAAAUCCUGCAAAGACGAGGCAGAGUGUGUCCUCUACAGCCAUGUCUGCGAUGGAGAAACGGACUGCAGAGAUGGCUCGGAUGAGGAGGAUUGCUCAUCAGAAUGUGGCGCAGGCCAGUUCCAGUGUGCCCAUGGGAAGAAGUGCAUAGACCAGGUGCAGGUGUGUGACGGCGUGCCCCAGUGUCAGGACCGCUCAGAUGAACUGGACUGUGCAAAGCAAAUGGAGGGCUGUGCUCACCAGUGUGAUAACAUGAGCCGCUGCCUGCCCGAGAGCUUCCUCUGUGAUGGAGAGAGAGACUGUUUGGACGGCAGUGAUGAGGGAAACUGCGCUGAUGUGGCGUGCAAAUCCAGCGAGUUUAAGUGUGCCAGUGGCCAGUGUGUGUCGGCCAACAUGCUUUGCGAUGGGCAUCCUGACUGCUGGGAUCGCUCGGAUGAGGAGAGCUGCACGGAGCCAACGGUUUGCACGACAAAGCACCGCUGCCCCCAAAGCAAGGAGUGUCUAGUACAGGAAUGGAUUUGUGAUGGAGAUCAGGACUGCAAAGAUGGCACAGACGAGAAGGAUUGUCCUGUGGUUCUGCCGACCUGUGGCGAAUUCCAGUGGUUUUGUGCCUCAAAGACACAGUGCAUCCCCACCGCCUGGAAGUGUGACGGCAUGAAAGACUGUGGUGAUGGCAGUGAUGAGACGGGAUGUACAGUAAGGACAUGCCCUCCACACCAGUUCCAGUGUGGCAGUCAGGAGUGUCUGGACAUGGCCUUGGUGUGCAAUGACAUGACCAACUGUGCAGAUGGGUCAGACGAAGGAGUGAAUUGCCAGACCAAGUGUUCAGAAGAAGCUCGGUGCUCCCGGAGCUGCUACAGCACACCACAUGGACCAAAGUGUGGCUGUGCACCAGGCUUUAUGCUCAAAGAGGAUGGGGUAACCUGUGACGAUAUUAACGAGUGUGAAGGCCCAAGCCCAGCUGUGUGCAGCCACGUGUGUGUCAACACCCUGGGGUCCUACCAAUGUCAGUGCAAAGCAGGCUAUGUUAUGGAGGCUGAUGAACGCCACUGCAAAAUCACAGGUGAGCCCUCCUUAUUGUUGUCUGUCCAAACGGACAUUGUCCUGUUUGGCCUGCGCAGUGGUAGCACAGACGUGCUACCAUCCCUUGGGAAGAAAGCCAUCCUGUCUGUGGACUACGACUGGAGGGAGCAGAAGGUCUUCUGGGUCAGUCUGGAUUCGGAGAUUAUCAGGUGGUCCUCAAUGGACCAGAAGAGCAAAGGCACUGUGAUCACAGGGGUCAGGUCUGAUUCUGUUGCUGUGGACUGGCUUGGUAGGAACUUGUACUGGAUCGAUGGGGUCAAUGGUAGAAUCGUUGCAGUCAGACUGGGCAAAGCCACGACCAAAGCAUUGGACCACAGUGUCAUCCUGGACGAAGAUUUGGAUCAGCCUCGCUCUCUGGCACUACUGCCGCAAAAGGGGCUGAUGUUCUGGUCGGAGAUUGGCAACGUGGCUAAGAUUGAACGGGCUGGGAUGGACGGCUCAGAAAGGAGGGCAGUGGUGAACACCAGUCUGGGCUGGCCAGGGGGUGUGGCUGUGGACACCAUGUCAGACAGAGUCUACUGGACAGAUGAGAGACUAAAGGCAAUAGGAUCUGCUACACUGGAUGGAGAUGACAUUCGGAUCCUACAGAUGAAGGAGACCACCAACCCAUUCUCUCUGACUGUUUUUGAAGACCUGGUCUAUUGGUCUGAUGCAAAGAGAAGGAUUGUGCAGGCUGCACAAAAAGUCACUGGCAAGAACCGACAAGUCCUCCUCAAACGACCAGGGCAACCGUUUGGCAUCAAGAUUGUCCACCCAUUACUCCAGACGAGCACUGUGAGCCCCUGCCAGAAGGUGCGCUGCUCCCACCUGUGUGUGUUGGCCCCAGGGCCCAAGGCUGUAUGCAAGUGUUCCUCUGGGCUGUUACUGGCUGAGGAUAGUCUUACAUGCUCCAGCCUGGUCAACUCUGCAUUCCUGUUGGUGCUAUCUCCCUCCACUGUAACACAGAUUUACCUCCAAACUCAACACACAGUAGGGCUGAAGGGGUGGCCUGAACAUACGGCCCUGCAGCUGCCCAAUGUCAAUGAAGCGGCCACAUUGGACUACAGCCUGCGUGACCACAUCCUGUUCCUGACCGAUGGCGGCACAACAUCACUAAGUCUUUUCAAACUAAAGGAAACCUACCUGAUGCCUCGUGGUCAGCUCCUCAAACUACCUGGUGACAUGAUCACUGCCAUGGCACUUGACUGGAUAACACUAAACGUCUACUGGAGCAGCACCAAACAGUCACGCUUGCAGGUCACCUCCAUCACCGGUCUGCACACCGCUGUUCUGAUCAAGGGGGAUAUCGGCAGCCUGGAGUCCAUUGCUGUCCAUCCUCCCAGCGGUAGAGUCUGUUUUAUCAACCUGCAGGAAACGGGUACCACGGCUGUUGAGUGUGCACACAUGGAUGGUGCAAACCGAGGUGUAGUGUGGAGGGAUGCCGUUCAACCCACAUCUCUGGCCUUUUCCAGAACUGGGAAUGAAAUCUACUGGGCUGACACCAGUUCUGGAGUUGUCGGCUCUAUCCAGGUUGAUGGUACAGGUUACAAAGACAUCAAGGUUGGCGAAGGCCUGGCUGCCCUGGCUCUUAGUGAUGACAUGCUCUUCUGGGUGACCAUCAGUGACAAGGCCAAACUCUGGUACAGAGAUGAGCAGCAGCAGCAGAAGCUGUGGUUCGAGGUCAACACGGAGGUGGUUGGCUUGAAGGCAUACAGCAAACCAAGUCAGAGCGGUUCUAACAAAUGCUCUGUAAAUAAUGGCAACUGCCAACACUUUUGCCUGGCCUCCCCAGAGGGUCGCACAUGCAAAUGUGCCCAUGACCACACUGCAGUGAACAACACCCACUGUGACCCAGAGCAGCAAUGUCAAGCAGGCAGCAGGCUUUGUCUGGACGGGCAAACGUGUCACCCUCGUGAAAAGUUCUGCGAUGGGCAUGUAGACUGUCCUGACAAUUCAGACGAGAACUGUGUCCAUUUGAGGGGGGUGGUUGGAGCCAAGGCCACGGCUCCCAAAAAGACUCCCAGUUCAUCACCCACCCCAUCUCUGUCUGAGACCCCUGCCCAGGUCGGCACUUCUGUCAACACCAAUCUGGUCAGGAGUCUGGAUGUCCAGCAGUGCAGCCAGAGUCGCUGUAGCGGUAAUGGAGACUGUGUCAACACCAACGGGGCAAUGAGCUGUGCCUGUUCACCUGGAUUCGGUGGCGAUUCAUGCCAAGACCAUGUCCUGAAAACCGUUCAGGGUCCUAUCAUCUAUGGGGCGGCAGGCCUUUGUGCAGGAGUGGUGCUGAUUGCUAUCCUGGCAGCAGUGGUAAAGAAGAGGAAGAAUGCCAGCAGAAGGAGAACCAGCGAGGCAGUGGAUGACACUAGAAUGGCUAUCCUUGAAAACAAAGCUGAGACUGCCCCAAAUACACAACCUGCCCCGGGUGAUGCAGAGGAAGUGGCAUCUUCCAUGGACUAA